AUAAGAGCUGUAUGGAGAUUUUACAAAGUGACCCAGACGUGAAAGGAAAAGAUGGAGUGUAUUCGAUAAUUGUCAAUGAUCAGCAAAAGAAAGUGUACUGUGACAUGACUACAGAUGGAGGGGGCUGGACGGUUAUCCAAAAACGACAGGAUGGAUCUACAGAUUUUUAUAGGAAUUGGACACAGUACAAAAAAGGAUUUGGAGACCCAUCCAAGAACUACUGGAUUGGAAACGAUGUAAUUCACAAUUUAACAAAGACAAAUCAGGAACUACGAGUGGCGCUGUUGAGUUUUUAUAACGCUAAAGCGUACGCCCUGUACUCUACAUUUCAAAUUGGAGACGAGAGCAGUAAAUACCAGCUUACAGUAUCGGGGUAUAAUGGAACAGCGGGAGACUGUUUGGGUUACACUGUAAGUAACUUCAGUACAUAUGAUGAUGACAAUGACGGGCAAAAUGGUAAACAUGCGGAAAUACAUCACGGAGCCUGGUGGUACAGUGGCGAAGUUCAAUCCAAUAUGAACGGGCAGUACAUCGAUUCUGAUAAGUCUGGUAAAACAUACCCGUACUGGUAUCAUUGGAAAUCUUAUCAAGCAUUAAAGGAGACAGCAAUGCAGAUUAGACCCAAGAAUCAACAUCAAUAA